GAGAAGGAGAAAGAGAAAGAGGACGACUUGAAACCAGACGAGAACGAUGAGGAGUCAAGGGAGAGCAAGGCUGAGAGGAGGAAGAGGAGGAGGAAGUUAAGAAAACGACUAGCAGAAACCGAACGACGCGGGAUGUCGGGAGAAGAAGGUGAUCUUCCUGCUGCUGACAAUGGAGACGAGGAGGAGCAGGAGGAGAAAGAGGACGACUUGAAACCAAACAAGAACGACGAGGAGUCAAGGGAGAACAGGGCUGAGAGGAGGAGGAAGAGGAGGAGGAAGUUAAGAAAACGACCAGCGGAAUCUGAACGACGCGGGAUGUCGAGAGAAGAAGCCGAUCUUCCUGCUGCUGACAAUGAGGAGGAGGAGGAGGAGGAGGAGGAGGAGAAAAACUACUUGAAACCAGGCAAGAACGACGAGGAGCCGAGGAAGAGCAAAGCUGAGAGGAGGAGGAGGAUGAGGAGGAAGUCGAGGCGAAAACGACCAGCGGAAACCGAACGACUCGGGGUGUCAGGAGAAGAAGCCGAUCUUCCUGCUGCUGACAAUGGAGAGGAGGAGGAGGAGGAGGAGGAGGACGACGACGACGACGACAACUUUAAACCAGACAAGAACGACGAGGAGCCGAGGGAGAGCAUAGCUGGGAGGAGGAGGAGGAGGAGUAGGAGGCAAGGAGUCCAAACAAAGAGCACCAGUCUGGAUCAGGAGGCUCUGAGGGACCUGGGUCAUCAGAUACCGAAUACAAGGACCAAACAGGAUGUGAUGUCACCACUUCAGAUGAGGCUGAACGAUGGAUCAGCAGUUUGUUUUUCUCUUUCUAGCGGAGGUCCGUCUGUGAAGAGGAGGCGGCGCAGUGGGGGGGCUCCUCUGAACCCCCGAGUCGGUCAGGACCCUCAGGCCGACUCGCUCACAGAAGACGGGUUGAAGUCCCCGGUGCAGAAGCUGAGGUGUCCCCGAGGCCUGAAGGAACCGGACUUCCUGGACCUGCUCAAGUCCACCUUCCCUCAGGGUCCACCUUACCUCAGGGUCCACCAGUGCACUCACAACGCAGGGGAAACCGUACAGCUGGCGUCGGGAAACCUUUCCUGCCCCCCGACGCACGCCGGCCACGCUGCUUCGUCUUCUUGAACAUUGUUCAGAGACUUGAAACCAGAAUAAACUGAUUUUGCUUUGAUUUAAUUUCAACGGACGGAUAAAAGGGAAGCCGAAAUAAUAAUGUUUUGUUGGUUUUCUACGCAAGAUGACAAGCAGGCAACUUUUUACAACGCUUGUUUUCUGAAUGGGGUUUGGUUCGAUCGAUGCUAAGCUAGCAUCGCAUCAGCUCCAUCAAACACUCGGAAUAACGUCAGAUGGACGUAAAUGUCAAGUGUCGUUAUUGUUUGUGCCAUGUGGUUCAUACACCCAGUGGAGAACAUAGUGUACUGGUAGAUGUUCUAAUAUGAGGUAUCGCAGAGACUUUUGCUUAUUUGAAUACACUUGAAUACAUUUUUGUUAAAAGAAAAUUCUCUGACUAGUUUUUCAGCUAUUUUCUUAUUUAGUUGUUAGACCUGUGUUAAAUAUUUUCAAAUUAUAUUGAAAAUCAUUCCGUCCGGUGUGUUGAUGCCGAGGCCCGUUUGAGGAGGAGGAAACAGACUUCUAGCUCACACAAAUAAAAACAAGACACUUUUGAUUCUUUA